AUGUGGAAUUGCUCUUAUGAUUUACAAGUUUUGAAAGCUCUGGGGAUAAAAUGCAGAAAAGUAAAAGGUACUAGAGUUAAAGAAAUUUUCUUUCAACUUCCUCCUCCAAACAAGAUUCUGUUGUGCUGUGAUGGUGCAUCAAAAGGGAAUCCAGGUAUCUCGGGCUAUGGAUUUACUGGUAGAACAAGCUCAGGAGAAUUCUUGGUUGUUGUUUCAGGUGGGUUGGGUGUUUCAACUAAAUAUUAUGCAGAGAUACUAGAAGUUCUGAAUACAGGAGAAUGGGCAUUAAGCAAAGGCCAUGAAGAGGUAUUAUUCAGAACUGGUUCAUCAGAUGCAAUCAGUGCAUUUCAGAGCAAGAAAAUUCCAUGGUUUGCCAUAAAAAUAUGGGAGAAAAUCUGUGCAAGACCUAAAACUUGGUGCCUCAUACAUAGUUACAGGGAGACUAAUUUCUCUGCUGAUGAUCUAGCAAAGAAAUGA